AUGUCUGCCAACUUGCUUGCAUUGCUUGGAAACAUCACCCUCGACGCGGGUGGUUGCCCUCAUCCCUUCGUCAGCGAAAGUCUAUAUCCCUAUACCGAAGGCUNNGUGAACCUCAACGGCCGCAACUGCGCANAAAACCCCUUGGACUUUACAGGCCAUGGCUCAAGAUGCUGCGUACCUUGUCCCCUUUCAGACUGGGUAAACUCGUCCAGCUUCCCCGGUCUCACAGACGGAGCAGCCUGGGUAAACGUCACUGGCUUCAUCCUCUGCGGCUUCCUGCUCGUCUCAUACUUGGUCCUUCCCACCGCUGCAACAAGACGUUCAUUCCUGAAUAUCGCACUACUGGCCGGCAUCAUGAUCAUGGAGCUUGGGUUUAUCGUCCCGCUGGGCCAGAAACCUGAACAAUGUUUCGAUCCGGUGACGCCGAAUGACAUGAACAGUCAAAAUGCUUGUGCAAUAACUGGUGGCUUUGUGGUGUUUGGCGGCAUGUUGACCGUGUGUUGGAUUGUGGUGCGCUCGGUGUUUAUGCACCUGCAGAUUUGCUGGGACAUUGUGCCUGGACGUGUGGCCAUCAUUGCUGCGAAUAUUGCGGCUUGGUCGGUUACUAUUGCACUCACGGCGGCAGUGUUGGUUAAAGUGGGUGUCUCGUAUCGCUUUGGUGGGUACUGCCAUGUCAAUGUCGGGUCUACGUCAACUUACUGGGGCUGGAUGAUCGGAUUCGGUGGCGUGGCAUUGCUGCUGCAAGUUGCGACGUUCGUCUACUGCGCAAAAGUAUACCUCACAGCAGCCAUGCAUGGUCGCCAACAUCCUUACUCCAGCAACGCGACAAACUCCGUCAAGUCGGCAAGCAGCAAGCGGCAAGCGUGGACUGCCGUCAGACGACUCAAGCAAGUGCUGCUCCUGCAAUGGCGAUCCCUCGCCAUCGUCGCCUUGGCCAUCUUCGUCAUCGCCUUUGUGUGUAUCAUCUUCAUCUUCCAAGUCGACUCGUACACCACCAGCACCUUUGCCGACCCGACAAAAGUCAUCCCGUGGGUACUGUGUAUCCUCCAGCGACGCAAUACAGACAGAUGCCUGCCGCUGAUCCAGAAACUCAUCCUGCCACAAUCAAUGGCGGUGGCGGUGCUGUAUGUGAUCGCGUUCGUGGGUAUAGAGGCAUUCAUCCUGCUCUUCAAGCCCGAGAUCUUCAGGGCUUGGUGGAGGUUCCUGGAGAGUCCGUUUGAUGGCAGGAGGAACAGGAGUACGUCGAGCCAGAACCCGAGUUGGUUGGAGAGGCCGCCGAGGUUUGCGAUCGAUAGGNGGAGCAUGGUUGCGGUGGACGAGCCAGUGGGGGCGGAAACUGGGCAUACGGUGGAGAGGCAGGAUUCUGUUGUCAGUGAAGACGGCAUUGGGCGCGAGCACGAGCACUCUGAACUGAGGACGAGACCGCAAGACAUGGAGAAGCAGGAGGGCCAUCAUAUUUGA